UCAUUUGCGGAAAGUAGAACAGUCCAGCUUGCACUGCAGAUGGAUUGAAGUGAACCCAAAAACUCUCAGAUAACAAACUACCAAACAACAGCGGUCUGACAGUCAUUUAAAAGACUUAAAUCCACUUCACCGGUAAACAAUGUGACCAAGAGAGAACACAAUCUUACUGGGGACUGCGAGGGACACAUGAGAACCAUCUUUGACGGUGGCGAGAGGCGCACAGCACCAUGGCAUCUCAGCCGAGCGUAUGCAAUGAAAGAAAUCUUCUGCGCCUCAGAGCACGAGAAAAGAGGAACCAAGAAACCAGCCAAGCCAAAGCCUUCAGCCCAGAAAAUGUUCCACUCUUUCCAGAACCAUACAAGACAAACAAAGGGGAUGAACUUUCAAACCGAAUCCGAAGAAUGCUGGGCAGUUAUGAUGAUGAUGUGAAUGCUUGUUCCAUUUCCAUGGACGCGUUUCCUCUUCCUAGUUGUCAGCCCGCUAUAACCAUGGCCCAAAAGCCCACCGCAUACGUGCGCCCCAUGGAUGGUCAGGACCAGGUGGUCAGCGAGUCCCCCCAACUGAAACAAUCCCCAGAGCGUUAUUCCCCACUGCCGGAGUUGAUCAGCAAAUCCGACCUGGACAAAAUAAAGCAAGUACCACUGUCUUUGGUGGUGGCAGAACAAGGUCAAUCAGUGGAAGACAUCCUAAACGAAAUGACUCAGCCUCUGCCUCCUCUGCUAUCAUCCUUAUUAACACCCUACUCUGAACUGUCAAGGCCUCUGUUUUCAGCUAAGGAAGCAGAUCAGGUCUCCUCACAUUUGGAACAAAAAAACCAUUACUCCUCCCCUGUGGAUCCACCUCAUAUAAACCAAGAGCAACCAAACUCAGUUUCAUUUGAGGCGUCACGUUGUAGCGUUGUGGAGACGUCGAGCUCCAGCGACUCUGAGUGCAGCCCAGCCUCUGCGUCGGAGUCGGACAGUGAAAGCACCGCAGAGGAGUCUGCACAACAACCAGAGAAUGGCUCAGUGACACCUGGGCCCGAGCCUCCAGGAGCAAGCCUUGCUAAUUGGCAGCUGGGGAACUGGAUCCGAUCCAGUCAACAGAACCCCAGCAGCGAGGGUCACGGUGACCCUCUAGUCUCCCAGAGCCCCUCUCACAAGCUGCUUUGUCAGAACUCCAGGAUUAAGAUAGCGGAGCUUUCAUCUCCCCAUAAAGAGUUCCCUGAUAACACAUUUGUUUCUUGCAUUGAAAGCCCCCAGAAUAACUGCUGUCGUCCGCAGGGCAGCAAACAUUCUCUCCCAGGGAAUUUGAGGAACUGUAAAACUGCCAAGAAAAAUUCAAUACAAGCGCGCUUCCCGGAUGGCACAGCAGCAACGUCUGAUGUUAAAAUUGAGGAAGUUUUAAACACUCAAACAAAGGACUCUAGCUUCACAGGCAAACCUAAUGUGAAGACGAAACUAGAAUGUUCUAAAAAGGGGAGCGGUGGCUCUAAAAGGGACAAAAAAAGGACUAAACGCACAAAAGAUGAGCAGAAGAUGGAAUUAGAUGUUCCACUUGUGCUCACGGGUCAUUGUUUAUCAUGUGGAGGUCUCAACCCUAACUCCUGUUAUUGUUUUUCCCAAAAUCACAACUUGCUUCCUGGCCCUCCAGGCCAAAGCAAACCCAAGACAGAAAUCUGUCAGAGCGGCACAAAGCUGCCUCACAGGCCACUCUUCCACGAGAAGACUUCUCCAUAUGAUGCUGUGGAGCAUCCUCCCAAAUCUCUUCUAGUAAAGAUAGACCUACAUCUGCUGUCAAGGGCCCCUCAGACCUUUAGCAGUCAUGGAGGCAUUUCCACUAGUACAAAGAGACCUGUACUAGUGAUAGAGCGAGAAGAGAGCAGCGCCCUCUCUAAAAUGCCUAAAGACAACAGAAGCAACAAAAAGCUGCCGAUUGCCAGAGAAGAGACCAGGAGUCUACCAAAAAAGAAACUGAAGACGGACAAAAAAGUCACCCUAUCGGAGAAGUUGGAAAAUCUACCUGAGGUCCAAAAACAAAAGUUGAAGAAACGUCAUGACCCCACCACAUCCAAAGAGGCUGCAGAGGUCCUGAGGUUAGGAAGCAAAUCCUUACACAAAAUCCACAAAUCAAGUGUGGAGGCAGGAAAGAAAAAGCUCAACAAGAGCAGUAACGACGCACAGCAUUUGCGCCAUGACAAGAAACCAAGAAAGAAGAGCAUUGCUGGCCCACUGGGUUCACCACGCAACAGGCAAACUUUGACCAAACGGCCCUUAUUAAAAUUAGAUAUCAGACAGCAUCCAGUAGAUCACUACAUAAAGGAGGCCAAGAGACUUAAGCACAAAGCAGACGCAGAGACUGAUAAGAGCAGUAAAGCCUUGAACUACAUGGACGCUGCCAUGUUCUUUGUUGAAAGUGGCAUCGCUAUGGACAAAGUUCCACACAUUUCCAUGUCUUCCUACACCAUGUUUGCAGAGACUGUGGAGCUCCUGAAAUUUGUGGUGAAACUUAAAAACCCAGUGGAUGCCUCCACUCCACCAUCUGAAAUGGAUUUUUUGGCUUUGUG